AUGAAUUCAGAGAAGAAUAAGAUCAAAUUUCUUGUUAACAAUGAAGAGGUGACCUUUCGGGCCAGCAAGGGUAUGAAACUACCGAGUGCUUACAAAAACAUUUCGGUUAUUGAUGUUGUAGAUGUCAUAAACGAGGCUGUUGAAUUCAAGAUGGAAGAAGAGUUCCUUGGGGAAACAUUAGCGGCUAUCCUAGUCAAUUUUGAUGCAGAUGUUAUGGAGGGAUAUGUAAAGACUGUAAAUUUUCUUGAACGAUUGGGAUAUUAUUCUUAUCAACCAAAGAAAUUGUCUCUUGAUCUUGAGAAUUGGAAAAAUCCUCCAGCAAAACUAUCUAUUAUUGAGCUGCCAAAGCUUGAGCUCAAGCAACUUCAAGUACAUCUGAGGCAUGAGUUUCUCGAUCCAGAUAGUACAUUGCCUGUUAUUCAUAAAAUUCAACUCGAGGAAGAUAGCACACCGAGUGUUGAACAUCAGAGGAGACUGAAUCCACCUAUGCAAGAGGUGGUCAAGAUGGAGAUUAUUAAGUGGUUAGACGCUGGAGUGGUUUUCUUGAUUGCAGAGAGCAAAUGGGUUAGCCCAGUUCAAUGUGUUUCGAAAAAGAGUAGCAUCACAGUAGUGCCCAACGCGAAGAACGAGCUGAUUCCAACAAGAACAGUUACAAGGUGGAGAAAUAAUAUUGCCUUGGAGGAUCAGGAGAAGACCACAUUUAUGUGUCCUUAUGGCACUUUUGCAUUCAGCCGAAUGCCAUUCUGUCUAUCCAAUGCUCCAGCCACUUUCCAGCAUAGCAUGAUGUCUAUCAUUUCUGAUAUGGUGGAAGAAUUCUUGGAGGUCUUCAUGGAUGACUUUUCUGUUGUAGGUGAUUCAUUUAAUGAUUGUCUUGACCAUCUGGGUCGAGUGUUGAAGAGGUACGAGGACACAAACCAUGUUCUUAACUGGGAGAAGUGUCACUUUAUGGCUAAGUUCGAGUUCGAUGAAAAGAGCCGUAAGGCAUUUGAGGAAUUGAAGAAGCGACUUACUUCUACUCAUGUUAUUGUGUCACCUGAUUGGUCACUUCCGUUUGAGCUGAUGUGUGAUGCUAGGGGGUUCACAAUUGGAGCAGUGCUUGGUCAGUGCCACAACAAGAACAUGCACCUGAUCUAUUAUGCUAGGAAAACAUUGAGUGGUGCCCAGAUGAAUUAUACAGUGACCGAACAAGAAUUACUUUUCUCUGGGCAAGAAUUCGACUUUGAGGUCAAAGAUCGAAAGGGGUUAGAGAACCAGGUUGUAGAUAAUUUAUCGAGGCUUGAGAAAGCAGGCAGACUGAUGGGGGAACUUGAGAUCAAUGAUGUGUUCCGAGAUGAAAGGCUUCUAGCAGUGUCAUGUGAUGUAGCACCAUGGUAUGCUGACAUAGCAAAUUACUUGAUGGAUAUCUUGAAGGCGUGCCAUGACUCUCCUAUUGGGGGUCAUUAUAAUGGAAAUCCCACAACGGCUAAGGUUCUCGAGUGUGGAUACUACUGGAUGACUCUCUAUCAUGAUGCAAAUUUGAUGGCACGAGAUGCUUAUGAAUUUUGUGUUGGAGGUAGAGCUCUUGAUGUUUGGAGCAUUGAUUUUGUGGGACCCUUUGUGAGCUCUGGUGGUAUGAGAUACAUCUUGGCGGUCAUCGACUACGUCUUAAACUGGGUAGAAGCAGUGGUUUUACGCAAUAAUGAAGGGAAGAGUGUCACCAGCUUUCUAAAGAAGAACAUCUUCACCCGUUUUGGCACCCCAAGAGCUAUCAUUAGUGACGGUGGUACGCAUUUUUGCAACAAGACAUUUGCGGCACUAUUUAAAAAAUACGAUUUGAAGCAUAGGGUGGCCACAUCAUAUCAUCCUCAGACUAGUGGCCAGGUAGAAGUCUUCAAUCGGGAGAUAAAGAGCAUCUUGUCUAAAACGGUCAAUGCAAAUCAGACCGACUCGUCUCAAAAACAUGAUGGUGCUCUUUGGGCCUACAGAACCACAUUUAAAAUGUCCAUUGGAACUUCUCCUUAUAGGUUGUUUUUUGGCAAGGCGUGCCAUCUACCAGUCAAACUUGAAUACAAGGCCAUGUGGGCAUUGAAAAAGCUGAAUAUGGAUUGGGAGGAGCCAACCAAGCUAAGGUUGUUUCAACUGAAUGAUAUGGACGAAUUCGGAUACCAAGCAUAUGAGAGUGCAGCGUAA